AUGAGUCAAUACGCCCACGUGCCCAAGUCCGAGCUCGACGAAGCACAGUUACGAGAAUUGGAAGAUUACGAAAUAUCUCAAGGACCUCUGUCAGUCUUACAACAAGCAGUGCGAAAUUCAUCACAAGUGUUGAUCUCAUUGAGGAAUAACAAAAAGCUGUUGGCAAGAGUGAAAGCUUUUGAUAGACAUUGUAAUAUGGUAUUGGAGAAUGUGAAGGAGAUGUGGACAGAAACACCAAAAGGAAAGGGAAAGAAACCCGUGAACAAGGAUAGAUUCAUUUCAAAAAUGUUCUUGCGUGGAGAUUCUGUCAUUCUCGUACUUCGAAACGCAGCAUAA